GAUUAGCAUACAGUACUUCAGCAUGUUCUGAGCAUCCGAAACUCCUGCAUGACCUCUCACGCCUCUGCAGAUCACUCCCGUGUGCUUUCAGGAGAUAACGGAGACAUGCAGACGAGCAUCGGUGUGGAGGAGGACGCAGAGAGACCGGAGAUCCUCCCGUUCAGCGUCGAGGCACUGAUGGCAGACCGGAGACCGAACAGCGCUCUCAGCCCGGACCGGACCGGUGCUCGUUUGGCGUUUUCUGUUGACCUUCUGAAACUGCAGGAGAGCACGUGGCUCCAUCAGCUCUCUCCCCGGCGUCUCAGUCCUCCCGCGUGUCCUCUGAGAAAACACAAAACCAUCCGGAAGCCUCGGACCCCGUUCAGCACGUCGCAGCUGCUGGCGCUGGAGCGGAAGUUCCGUCAGAAACAGUACCUGUCCAUCGCAGAACGGGCCGAGUUCUCCAGCUCGCUGAGCCUGACCGAGACUCAGGUGAAGAUCUGGUUCCAGAACAGACGAGCUAAAGCCAAGCGGCUCCAGGAGGCCGAGCUCGAGAAGAUCAAGAUGGCCUCUAAACCGAUGCUUCCUCCCGCCUUCGGGAUUACAUUUCCAUUCGGCGCUCACGCCGCUUCAUACACGGCAUCGCCUCCGUUCCACAGACACUCGCUGAGCGUGGCUCCGGUGGGGCUCUACACACACAUGGGAUACAGCAUGUACCAUUUAGCUUUAAAGUUGUUCAAAUGA